AUGUUACGAUUCUUCUUUCGCUAUGGAUGGGUUAAAUUGUGCUAUGUAUUUAUCGGACUCUUAUUUUUAGUUGUUCUAUUUAUUUACACAUUCUCUCGCGAAAAUCUAUCGAAAACUACAAUUAAAACAUCGCAUACCUCUUCAUCUCCGAUUCUAUCAUCAAGUAUUCGUACACAUGAUUUUCGUCUUUAUUCGGAAUCUCGUCCAUUUCUUGAAUACAAUCGUAUUCAAAUCAAUGAUAUUGCUCAAUCGAUGUUUAAUUUUAAUAAAAGUGAAGUCGAUGAAAAAAACGACUAUUCUAAAGCCAUUGAAUAUUCGGAAUCGAAAUUUCGUUUUGCACCAAUUCCAAUUGUUUGGCUUGAUGAAUACGGUGAUGUCCAUUGGAACCGUGCAGCUCAAUAUGAAACAUUAUAUUAUUUAUUGGCAAAACAAUUUCCUAAUGAGAAUAUAUCAACUUGUUUAACUCGACAAUUAAUUAUUUUAGAACAAUGGCCGAUGGGUUUUUUCAGUCGCCAUCAUUGCUUGAUUGAACAUUUCGGACAAACUUUAUAUUCGCCAUCAAUGACUUUACUUAUGCCUAGACGUUUAGUUGUAUCGAAUGCAGCAGUAGAAGAUUUUCAAAAUGAAGGUAUACUUCGAUAUUAUCAAUCCAUAUCAUUGUGUUCAUCUUAUUUACAUCAUCCAACAUUAAAAUCUCUUCAUGAUCGUAUACAAUCUACUGAUCAUACUUCAAAGGAUACGAAAGUUAUUCAUCAUAUAAAUCAAUUAAUUGAACGUGAUGAAUCAACAGUCAAAUUUAAAUAUAGUACAGAUAUAUGGAAGUUUGGUUAUGACCAUGUACCACACAGACGAUGGUUAUUCGAUCGAAAUAGAAAAGAAAUUAAGAAAAUGAUCGAUUAUCAUUCUCCAAUUAAAUCACUUAUUGAUCAUUCAAAUGAACAUAUUUAUUUUUAUAAUAGUUCAUCAUUCAAUUUAACUGCAUGGAUACCUAGAAAUUCUCCCCAAGGACCACCCAAAGAAGUUCUUGCUGGUACUACAACUAACUUAGCAAUACGGGAUAAAAUCUUCACUUCAUUUCUUCGCUACAUGUUUCUCUUAUUCUUGUCUCCAUUAGCUCCACGUAUUCAAACAUCAGCAAAAUUAUUAGCUCAUCAUUGGUCGGAAUAUUUAUCAGACAAAUAUAAUAAACCCUAUAACGUAGUUUUAUCAAAAAUGGCAGUUGUAUUUAUUCGUCGUGGUGAUAAAAUGCCUGAGGAUUCAUUUUGGCAUAAGCAUCGUCGAUGGAGAAAUAUAUCUAUGUAUGUCAAAGGUAUAGUCGAUGAAGAAAAACGUCGUCAAAUAAAUUAUAAAGCAAUAUUUGUUAUGACUGAUGAUGUGGCCGUAAUGAAAUCUAUUCAAGAAUACGCGCGUGUUGGUUUGAUAGGUGUAAAUAACGAUGAACCCUAUGCACGUCGACAUUUACAUGGUCGAGAAAUAUUAUUUAAUGUUUUUGCACCUCAAUCUUGUUUUGAUCCAUUUGUUCGUAUUGGUUUUGAUCAAUUUCUAGUCAAUGUACAAUUUAUUACUGAUCAUGCAUCACUUGUUGUUGGACAUACAGAUUCUAAUGUUGGACGAUAUUUAGAAGAAAUUAUUUAUGUUAAUCGACAACAUGAAAAAAAUGUUCGAACAUUGACAUAUGUUAUUAAUGCACCAGAUUCUCUUGAUUAG